AUGUCUCAAUUGCGUCAUCCUAAUCUCCUCCAGUUUAUAGGAGCUGUGUUAGACCAUCCAUCAGGUAAUCCUAUGAUUAUCACUGAAGUAAUGGAUACCUCAUUGCGUAAAGCUUAUGAGAGGAAAGAGCUGACUCCUGAUCCUGGCUGUAGACCAGUGAUUCUCUCCAUAAUGCGUGAUGUAGCUGUGGGUUUAAACUACCUACACUGUCUACCUGAUCCUAUUAUUCAUCGUGAUGUCAGCAGUGCUAAUGUACUACUGGAAUCAAAGGGAGACAAGAAAUGGAAGACUAAGAUAUCUGACUUUGGAUCAGCAAAAGCAGCAAAUAAAGCAGUCACCAGACUACCAGGAGCUGAGCCUUACACAGCACCUGAAGCUAUUGCUCAGCAUAUCAUGAGCUUAGAUUCCAAAAAGCUGCAAACUACAAAAAUGGAUGCAUUCAGUUAUGGUGUUUUACUUUGUGAAAUAAUAACUUGUCGUUUUCCAGAUCGAGAUGUAUUUCGAGACAUGCUUUGCCAAGUGCAGAGUAUUAACAGCAAACCACGUGGUUCAAGAAAGACACAAGGGUCUCUCCUACACUCUCUCAUUGUUUCGUGCUGUCAUGACGAUCCUUUGAAACGACCAUCAAUGAGUCAAAUUAUUGAACGAAUUGAUGUUAUUUCUAUGUAG